AGGGUCUAUUUUGCAGUGUAGCAUUUUUCCCCUCCUCCCGCUCUUUUGCGACACCGGCUUUUCUUGCUCAAGCAUAGAACACGCCGUUAAUUUUAGCAGCUUUCUUCUUUUGUUUUUCAUUAACAGUCUACCGGAACAUUCAGACAUUCUUCAAAAUGAGCGGUGACAAGAUGGACGUCGAGAUUGCCGAGCAAAAGCUCAAGGCCAUGGAGCACAGCGAGCAGCACUACUUCAAGAGCUACGAUCACCACGGUACGAAUAUAUUAAUACGUAUACAACCGCAAGACGGAGACAAUGACUAACUGGUAUAUCGUGUGACAACGCAGGCAUCCACGAGGAGAUGUUGGUACGUUUGCCCUCCUGCUGACCCUACAACGGCCCUGAUAGUUUACUGACCGUUGCCUUGCUCAAAUAGAAAGACGAAGUCCGUACUCGUUCUUACAUGAACUCCAUUGUGCAGAACAAGCACAUUUUUAAGGACAAGGUCGUCCUCGAUGUUGGCUGCGGUACCGCCAUUCUCUCCAUGUUCGCCGCUAAGGCUGGCGCCAAGCAGGUCAUUGGUGUUGACAUGUCUACCAUCAUCUUCAAGGCCCGCGAGAUUGUCGCCGCCAACGGUCUGUCUGACAAGGUCACCCUUAUCCAGGGCAAGAUGGAGGAGAUUGUCCUCCCUGUCGAGAAGGUCGAUAUCAUCAUCUCUGAGUGGAUGGGAUACUUCCUUCUCUACGAAUCCAUGCUUGACACCGUCUUGUACGCCCGUGACAAGUACCUUGCCAAGGAUGGUUUGAUCUUCCCCGACAAGGCCACCAUCUUCUUUGCUGGUAUUGAGGAUGGCGACUACAAGGAGGAGAAGAUUGGCUUCUGGGACAACGUCUACGGCUUCGACUACACGCCCCUCAAGGAGACUGCCCUUUCCGAGCCCCUCGUCGAUACCGUCGAUAUCAAGACCGUUGUUACCGACCCUACUCCCGUCCUCACUCUGGACCUCUACACUUGCACCACUGCCGAUCUCGCCUUCAACACCCCCUUUACUCUGUCUGUCAAGCGCGAUGACUUCAUCCACGCCUUUGUUUCGUGGUUCGACAUUGACUUCACCGCUUGCCACAAGCCUAUCCGUUUCUCGACUGGUCCCCACACCAAGUACACCCACUGGAAGCAGACUGUCUUCUACCUCAAGGAUGUCCUUACCGUUCAGAACGGCGAAGAGGUUCAGUGCAACGUCAAGGUCAAGCCUAACGAGAAGAACCGCCGUGACCUCGACAUCGACAUUGCCUACAACUUCAAGACUGACGAUGAGAUCCGCUCUGCCCAGGGCGAGUGCGACUACCGCAUGUGCUAAAUGGCGUUUAAAAAGCAAACUUGGUGAAAAGAAAAUGCUAAUGACACAAAACGGCUUCGGUGAGCGUGAUUUAUAUACAAAAAAUGGGACUGAAACUGCAAGAUGAAUACUGCAAAUAUGAAAUGGACGGGAUGGAUACCUUGGCUUUGAGACCGAUUGGUCUCUUUAUGUUUGAGAUAGGGAAGGAUGUGCAUGUUCAUGACUACAUUUAGAUUAUAGAGAAUGACUUGUCAUGUUUUUU